AUGACGAAGGGUGGAAAAAGUUCGGCCUCUUCCGGUACUCGCAAGAAGCAUGCUCGCAAAGCGGCAGCUGGUAGCGAGCCAGUGGUUGCCCAGCAGGCUUCAACGAAAAAGGCUAAGCUAAAGAAAGGCGAGAAACCGCCACCGAAGGUGAAACAAUUCAUUCCUCCAUCAAAACCCGCCCCAGUGAAAGUCGAUCCGUUGGACUCCUUGGGACUUGCAAGCACGCUCGAUCAAGACCUUGUGUUCAUUCUUCGAAAGCUUGCGAAGAAAGAUUCUGUUACUAGGGAAAAGGCUAUUGAGGACUUGCGGACAUGGGCAGAUAAUCACAAAGGCACGACCCUGUCAGAUAUGAUGCCUGUCUGGCUAAGCCAUCUCCCCUCACUAUUUCUCCAUCCCUCAAAAAGGCUUCGGGUUCUGUCAUCUUCCCUUCACGGAAAGUUCCUGACCCUAUCCGAGAGUCGUGCAGCUAUCCUCCACUUCUUUACCCAGACUGCCGAUGCUUCGGAGUCAAAGCCCAUUCUAGGAUCCUGGUUACUGAGUGUGCACGACGUUGAUAUUUCUGUUCGACGUGAAUCCCUUCGGAAUUGGACAAACUUUACCGUGUCUAGGGGGGUUUCAUCGGAAGUUGACUAUGCUAAACAGCACCUCGAUCUCAAGGCGCAGGAUCUAUUGGACGGGCUCUCCCAGUUCUCUGUUGAUGCUUUGCUCAAUUCAGAUGCUCUCUUUUUGAAUGUUUUCCCCCCCGCUCCCACUGCACCUGAGCCACCUUUACGGGGCACAGGUCAGAGACGCAGUCUUGGGAAGCAACGGGAGCCACUGGAUAGCACGGUCCCCGAAGAGCCAACACGAAAAUUGCUCGUGGAAGAGGAAGCAGAAAAUGACCGACGCGCGAGGCUCCGCAUUGGUGCUUUGGGAGCCAUUGAGUGGCUUCUAGGUAAACCCUUUCCUGACUUACCAAUUUUGUCUGACUCCGGGAUGAUAGGCUAUUUCCGAGGCUCCAGCACGAAGCCGCAGAGCAUCCUUACCAUGUUGCAGAAUAUUCUCUUAGAACCGGCGAUUUUCUCCUCAUUGUUUCAUGGACGGUCCCUCGUUCAUGCACCAGGGUUAGAGUUCGAUGCCUUUGGCUAUUCCCAACCGCUAUUACGCCAGUCAGCAUGGGCACUUGUCCAUUGUAUUUCACAGUUUCAGGCAGAAAAUAAUAUCGAAGAUCUAAACCUCCUGAACCUCAGUAUAUAUGCAAUGGGUUCCGCGUGGGACGAGCCAGACCCUUCUGUGCGAAUUAAAUUGCUGGUUCCUCUUGUGACGUUGUUGAAAAAUGUGCCAAAAGUCUGGAUUAUGCCCGAUGGCGUAUCGGAUAAUGCUGAUUCUGGAUCAGGAGACGACGCCAUCGAGGCAGAAGACGACGAUGAGGAUGCGGCAGGGCCUGCCACAGUGCGCCAAGAAUCGCCACAUCCAUUGCAUGCCAGAGAUUCUAGCAACUGGCCGUACCAGAAAUUCCUCGAAUUUCUCCAGUCCGGUUGCAACGGGUCGCCUUUAGAGGCUUAUCCUAUUGUCGUCUUGAUAUUGUCCACUAUUCCCUCUACUGUGCUGCCAUUAGAAUCCACAGAAAAGUUAAAAGAGCUAUUCGAUCAUCUAUGGGCUGGGCUCCAGAACCGCACGGUCGCCAGAGCACUCCAGCGAGACAGAGUGGUGACAGCGUUUCUUGAUGCUAUUCUCGAUAGUGUGUGGCUCUGUGCUCGCAAAUUUGGUGCGAAUGAUGCCCGAACUGUGGGGAGUGGUGUCGGAGGGUCUGAUGUGGCCGAAUGGCUCGUCCAAACCCAAUGGGAUCAACUCUGGCAGAAUGCCCUUAGUGGCUCGCUACACGUUCCCGAAUCGCUUCUGGGGUCAUCAAUUGGGAAAGGAUUAAUAAGCGUGGCUUCGAUACACUCAAAUCUCUUUCAUUCUGCAUGGAAGCCCAUCACAUGUUUGGAUGCAGCUGGCCUGAUGUCGAGACUACAUAACGUGAACGUGCUGCGUAUCACUCGCGCAGUCGAUGACAAGUUCGCCACAUCGGACGGAUCAAACACCGCGUAUUUCGAAGCGUUGCCUCCUUUGCUUUUAGAUGACUCCAUCCUCCAUGCAUUACAACAUUCCGAUGAUCGAAUCCUUGAGCCAUCGCAAAUUUGGAGCCUUUACAAGGAGUACGGGUCACUUCAACCCGAACGCGCAGCUGUACUGUGGUCCCUGCUAGUCAGGUCUGCGUCUAAGAAUAAAUCACUACUCUCUAUUCUGUUAGAAGAACCCCUUCUCGAAGUGCAAGCCCCGGAUGCGGAGGUAUUUUCCGAUUUUAUCGUUCACACACUCUCGUCUGCCUUUGAUCCGGAGGAUCCUCAGAAUGAGGAGUCGGUCUCCUUGAUGGAAAAGCUUCUCAGAAGACGGAAUGCUUUUCUAAGUCCCCCACUUGUUGACCAGGUCAAGGCGAAGAUUGGGUCCGCUACCGAAUCCGCAACCCGUGGGCUGUUAAAUGGGGUUGACACCAUCGCAAUAAUCAGCGCCUGUCAGCGUCUUUCGCUGCAGUUUCUGUCUCAAAUGGAUCCCGAGGAUGAUUUCUGCUCACAUUUGGCGGCGAAUAUGUUCGUACAAGCUGAAUUGUUGGCAACUGAUCGUUCAUCCAUGACGGAGAAGUUGAACAGCCUCGUGCGUGAUUGGAUCCGCCGUGCAUCGUCCAAUGCGAAACGGGUCCUGGCUAGUACCGUGCAGAACCCCUUGGUCUUUCUGGAUUUGGCGUUGCAUAUAUCUCGUAUCACAGGCUUUUCGGAUAUAAAUAUUGAUGACGUUCUUCCGACACGCCAAUUUUUUAACGAAUCAUUGGCCAUCGUCCUAGAUUUCUCGCCGUCUCCGUCACUUGCCGUCUUUGAUAGUUUGGUUCCUGUGCAGGAUGUGUCGUCGCCCGCCAUUCAUAUACGCUAUGAUGAGAAUGGGUACUCGUCGUAUGGGCGGGUACUUGUUGCCUUGCUGGAACUCGUGUCCUCACAUCGGCAUGUCGGCAGAGUCAAUCCAUGGGUGAUCGAACACCUUGCGAUCUUGGAAUUGAUGGCCAGAGAUUUUGUUAUGUCACCUGCCUCGCCAAACCCUCUUUUCAGGUCGUUGCCCUCUGAAGCAUCUCUCCGUUCGGUGGAAACAGUGUUAGACGCCUCGAAGAAAGCAACUACUUACAUAUUGUCAUUCUUCUCCACACGGCUCGACGCAGAUUGGCAUCGCAAAGUUGCUGCUAGUAUUCGCCCAGCAUCAUUAUCACGUGGAGCUGCCACUGCUGAUGGCUUCGCACUAUUUGUCUCAGAGCUGCUGAGGAAUUCGAUUAAAUCAAAGGACGUGAAUGGGCCGAGGGUUCUUCGUACAGUACUCCACGGAGUUUUGAGAGAGUCAGGCACCCCAGAAGUUGAUAUCUGGCUAAGCAUUGCUCGAGAGGUACAGGAACAAGCAAUUGCGACGGCAUGUGCCAUUUGCGGAUGCAUAACUGAACUAAAUUUUGAGACUCCGCGCCUUGACCGGUACAGGAACGAGUUAGCGAGUCGAAUAUCGGGCGUUGCUUCAGCUGAAGCGGAUACCCAGGGGCUGAGACUACUUCGCCUCCUCAAUGCUUGCGCGCCUUCCGAUGAGUCUUAUGCUGUGUUCCUCCCUCAGCAGCGAGUCGUUUUUAUGCUUCAAGGUUUGCAGAAGUGGGUUGCGGAAGAUGCUGAUCUUGGCGCACAAUUGGAGCUGGAACUGGUCACAGCACUUACCCAUAUUGUUUCGUUGAUUCAGUCCGUUCCUGGAGCUCACUGGGAUCUUAUUUCGAGCCUCAUUGAGAUGAAUCUAGAGGCAUGUUGUAUGUUGCUCAAGACACUGAAACUGCUUGUAAAGAUUGAUGACUUGGCAUCAUCAAACAAAGCCCUCCACUUGGACUGGACGGAUCGUCAGCGAGACAUCUAUCCCUUAGUGCGGAAACUCUUGUUCGAGCCUGCAGAUAUAGCGACAAGGUCAAAACCAAGGGAGGAAUUGCGCUCUCUUGUUGUAGACAUUGCAAGUUAUGCGGGCACCGCUAUUUUAGAUGACAGCUCUUUUGAGCCCCUCUGUUCACUGCUCAGCGAUAGCUCUCUAAAAGUCAAGAUGAUAACAUACGAGCUGCUCCUUGCUUCUGGGAAAGCCAGGACCGAGAAGCUGGUGAUUGAAGGAGAAGUGGAUGUGUCAGGCGACUUCCGUGCGAGCCUUCCUGUGGGACUGAUGAGUCUGCUGUCGUUGGAUUUUGAAGUGGAUGAUGAUUCAAGACAAGCACUUUCUUUCUUCCUUGGAUGGAUGGUUGUGUUUGGUGCAUUCUCGGAUGCUACACCUCGCAUCAAACAGGGCUACAUUGAACAACUCCGUGAAGCCGAGGUCGUUGACACUGGCCUCCUACCUUCUAUCUUUGAAAUACUCAAUGUCGACAAAUCUGGGAAGCCCUAUCUUCUUGAUCCAUGGUCGUUAGACGAGUUUUAUGUAUCCUUCUAUGAUACAUCAUUUCCGGAGAGCAUACACGUAUUAGCUGCUCACGUUUACUACAGAGCCCUCAUAGCCAUUCCCUCCAUCAUUCGGACUUGGUGGAUGAAUUGCAAGGAUCGAACAUUAUCUAGCAGCGUCACACACUUCACCAGUCAAUACUUUGCUCCAAUUAUUAUUAAGCGACAUUUAGAUAGCGUCCGGUCACCCAACAUCCUCAAAGAGCUACAGGACGAUUCCUUUGGAGUCAAAAUCAUACCGACCAUGCGAGAGAUACGCGCAAUUUAUAACGUUGACGAUCAGCAGAUGGAAAUAGGUUUGCAAUUACCUGCCGACUACCCACUGCAUGGCGCGGAAGUCAAAGAUGUUGGAAAAAUCGGUGUACCAGAGAGCAAGUGGCGUGCAUGGUUGUUCAACGUACAACAAAUAUCCCAGAAUGGGCUUCUCGUUGAUGCCUUAUUCUGGUUCAAGAAAAACGUAGCGUCCUACUUCGAGGGCAAGACCGAAUGUGCUAUUUGCUAUGCCAUUAUCAGCGUCAUGGACCGCUCGCUCCCGACUAAGCCAUGCAAAACGUGCAAGAACCGAUUCCAUGCAAGCUGUCUGUAUAAGCUCGUCAUGCCCCCUAUGCAGGUCAAAUAUCUUUUAACACGUUUGUCCAACCUUUGGCUAUUUUACACAUCUGUGGUGUAA